GGAGGGAAGGAGGGAGGGACCCGGGCAGGGGGAGGAGGGAGCGCGCGGGCCGAGGGGCGGCCGCAGACCUCGCGGUCCUCCAGCGGGCAGCGGGUGGCCAGGCUGGCGGCAGGAUGGGCGGCGGGGCGCCCCCAGGCAGCGACCCCGUGGACCGCCCCCUCGGCGCGCCACCCCCACAGCCCCAUACUUGGGCUUGACUCGCCCCCACGCCCAGGCUCCCAGUGCCGCCCUAGGACCACCCGCCGGCUACACCCCAGGGCGCCCCGCAGCUCCAGCCGCCCGCCAUAGGGGUCCCCCAGGCCCCCAAACAGAAGGGACCAUGAAAGGGUGAGCUGCUGGAGUGUCUAGGGUCAGAAUGCUCCUGUCUGCGAUGUAAAUCCUGUCACCCAGAUGUCAAGAAUCUGCCUGCUGGAUAAACCAAAAACCAAGAGCAAGGAAGGGGAAGAAAGCCAUUUAGGAUGAAGAGGGCCCUGGAGAAAUCGAAGAGGCUUGUCUAUAAACUCUGAGGUCCCCUGGGGAACACAGAGGAAGAUGAUGGGCUGACUUGAGGUCAGCUGCUGGCGAUGGAGAUGCGCUUUGUGUUACAGAAGAGGAGCUGGCUGGUGACGACGACGACAUGCCAUCUUUCCCAUACACACAGGAAGGCCGGCUGGGUCCCCGCUGUAGCCGCUGCCAGAAGAACCUGUCCCUGCACACCUCCGUGAGGAUCCUUUACCUCUUCCUGGCCCUGCUUCUGGUGGCCGUGGCCGUGUUGGCCUCUCUAGUUUUCAGGAAAGUGGACUCUCUCUCAGAAGAUAUCUCCCUGGCCCAGGCCAAGUAUGACAAGAAGCUUGUGUCUAUGCAGGAGAAUCUCCAGGGUCUGGAUCUGAAAGUCCCGGACAAUUGCUCUUUCUGUCACGAGGCUGGGCAGCUUGGGCAAGAGAUCAGAAAACUGCAGGAGGAGCUGGAGGGAAUUCAGAAGAUGCUUCUGUCCCAGGAGGUACAGCUGGACCAGACGUCUCAAACUCACGAACUGCUCUCCACCACCAGCAGUCGGAUCUCCCAGGAAAUGGGCAGUUGCUCCUUCUCCAUCCAUCAGGUCAACCAGUCUGUAGGGCUCUUCCUGGGCCAGGUGAGAGGAUGGCAGGCUACCACAGCUGGCCUGGACCUCUCUCUGAAGGACCUGGCCCAGGAGUGCUACAAUGUCAAGGCUGCCUUGCAACAGAUCAAUUUCACAUCAGGGCAGACUUCUGAGUGGAUUCAUAGCAUCCGGCGGAAGACGGAUGAGGAGACGCUGACCCUGCAGAAGAUGGUCACCGACUGGCAAAAUUAUAGUCGGCUCUUCAGCAGCCUGCGUUCCACCUCAGCCAAGACAGGAGAAGCGGUCAAAGGCAUCCAGGCCACCCUGGGCGCCGCCUCGCAGCGCAUCAGUCAGAACGCUGAAAGCAUGCAUGACUUGGUGCUGCAGGUGAUGGGCCUGCAGCUACAGCUGGACAACGUCUCAUCCUUCCUGGACGACCAUGAGGAGAACAUGCACGACCUGCAGUACCACACCCGCUAUGCCCACAACCGCACAGCAGAGAGGUUCGAGACACUGGAGGGCCGCAUGGCCUCACAUGAGAUUGAGAUCAGCACCAUCUUCACCAACAUCAACGCCACUGACAGCCACGUGCACAGCAUGCUCAAGUAUCUGGAUGAUGUGAGGCUCUCGUGCACCCUGGGCUUCCACACGCACGCCGAGGAGCUCUACUACCUGAACAAGUCUGUGUCCCUCAUGCUGGGCACCACUGAGUUGCUCCGGCAGCGUUCUGGCCUGCUCAGCGCCCAGCUGGACUUUGAUGUGCGCAACCUCUCCAUGGUCAUGGAAGAGAUGAAGGCUGUGGACGUGAAGCAUGGGGACAUCCUUCGCAAUGUUACCAUCGUCCGAGGUGCACCUGGCCUUCCAGGACCCAGAGGACUCAAGGGAGACUCGGGCACGAAAGGACCUGUGGGAAGCCGAGGACCCAAAGGAGAUCCUGGUAGCUUGGGCCCUCCUGGACCCCAGGGUCCUCAGGGGCAGCCAGGGGACCCAGGACCUGUGGGGGAAAGGGGGCCAGGGGGCCCACGAGGCUUCACAGGCCUCAAAGGCUCAAAGGGAAGCUUUGGGACUGGAGGCCCAAGAGGACAGCCAGGUCCCAAGGGGGAUGUGGGGUCCCCAGGAUCAGAGGGCCCUCCAGGUCCUCUAGGGCCUUCAGGGCCUCAGGGAAAACCAGGGAUUGCUGGGAAGACAGGGUCACCAGGCCAGCGGGGGCCCAUGGGCCUUAAGGGUGAACCAGGGAUCCAGGGUCCCCCUGGACUCCCUGGGCCACCAGGUCCACCAGGAAGUUAGAGCUGCUUCAGACAAGGGCCCAGUCCUGGACAGUGCCAUGCAAGAGGUUGGGAAGGGCUCAGGGCAGGGUAAGUCCCCCUGAAAGCCACACCUACAAUUGUGGCCCUUUUAUUUGUAUAGGAGUUCCCCCAGGGCCUGCCCCUGCACCUUCCAGUUUCCCGGUAGUGACUAUAUCUAGAAACACACACACACACACCCCUGCUGGCCGGGGGACUGACUGGGUGUCCCUGGCUGAGCCAGAGGAGAGAGCAGGGUAUCCCCCCUCUCCUAUGACUGCACCUGCUGAGGAGGUGGCUAUCUCGGGAGGAAGGUCUUGACUAUCUCUGAAUUGGCAACCAGCUCAUCUCUCCAGCAUCUUCACGCCCAUCCCAGCUGGCAGUUUCCUGGACUCCCAGAGCUUGAAAAAGACCUGGAACAACCUUUACAGGGGAAGUGGGUCCAAAUUCCAGUGACAAGAAAAAUCUGGCAAUUUUGUGUCUUUGCUUGUAAACCUGGGAGCUGUACCAUCCGACACAGGACAGAGGGACCACUGGGGACAUCAUUCAUGGUGCCAGUAUCUCCAAGAAAUUCCUCAGUUCUGCUUCUCAGAAGAAGCCAAGCAGGAAUUUGUUGCAUUUGCAGAGGGUCACUUUCCAAGCUGUCCAGGUUCUAGAAGAUUCUAACAAAAUGACACACCUGCCAGAAACUGCAGGAGUUGGGAGUGGAGGGGAGGCAGGGAGGAAUGUGAAGGUACUAUGAUCCAGGUACCCAUUCCUGAGGUAACCCCUCUAUGAUGACUGGUAGACCAGACUGAAAGAGGAUCUCUGAUUUACAGAAGAGUUCUCCCCUCCUUCAGCUGGCUCUUUUCUGGCCUGCAGCCACCAGCUGACUGAACAGCAGUGGGCCCACUGUGCCAGUACAGGGCCUGGGACUUCUCCAAACCAGCAACACAAUCAGAUGAGGAGGGAGGCCUUGAACGUCAACCACCAGAGGUCCGCCUUGACUGUGCGUGCUGGUAGAGGUGGGCACUGGGAAGCUCCUCGCAGCGGGGCCAAGGCCUCUCCGAAGUGAAAUUUGUCAUAGAGAUGCCCAGCCAUUACGUUCCAGCAGCCCCUCCUCCACUGGGCAAGGCGUGGAGCUCUCUGCUUUCCAACCAGACCCUGAGAACAGACUGUGACCCACCACCACCUCCUUUCUCGUACUGGAUGUGUAACUGGUUUGCUCACUCGAGUUACCCCAUAGCCAAGAGACUGUGCACCCAUGAUAAUGCAUGGCAUUGUAUCAACACCCCAGUAAAGAGUUGUUUCUAGGA